AUAAGACCACAAGAUGGAAACCACUCAUAAUUCCAAACAACUCACACUAUGGGAUCAUGCUCUUCCAAACCUCCAAAACGUAACCCAUACUUGCCACCAGAUUUUCCGGAUCCGCCGCCCAAGACACCAAAAAACAAUCAUGCAUCCAAGACAUCAUCACCUUUAUACAAUCUUACUCCUCUCAAAUUAUUCCUCGAAAAAAAGUCCCCUGCGCGGGAGUCGAGCGCUGACUCGCCCCCGAGAAGGGGACCCUUUCCGCCGCUUUCACCAGCAAAGCAUAUAAUGGCUGUGCUGACAAGGCGGCGGGGUAAGAUAGAAGGAGACGAUGCAGUGACCGGUUUGGAUAAACGGUUUGGGUUGUCUAAAGGGUUUAAGGAUCGAUACGAGGUUGGAGAGGAAGUCGGGCGAGGACAUUUCGGGUUUACCGUAUCUGCCACGUCUAAGUCAGGUGAUCACGGAGGUCAAAAGGUGGCUGUUAAAGUCAUACCCAAGGCCAAGAUGACAACGGCUAUCGCAAUUGAAGAUGUACGAAGGGAAGUGAAAAUAUUGCGAGCAUUGACAGUACAUAGUAACGUUGUAGACUUCUAUGACGCAUAUGAAGACAACGAUCAUGUCUACUUUGUUAUGGAAAUGUGUGAAGGUGGUGAACUUCUUGAUCGAAUACUUACAAGGCGUGGGGAAUUCACUGAAGACGAGUCAAGAAAUAUAAUGGUACAGAUACUAAACGUGGUCGCUUUCUUUCAUCUUCAAGGUGUGGCACAUCGAGAUCUUAAACCCGAGAAUUUCUUGCUAAAAAAGAAGAACGAUUAUUCCCUGUUGAAAGCCAUUGACUUUGGGUUAUCUGAUUUCGUAAAGCCAGAUGAAAAAAUGAACGACAUUGUUGGAAGUGCAUAUUAUGUAGCGCCAGAGGUUCUACUCAAAUCGUAUGAUACAGAGGCGGAUGUAUGGAGUGUAGGCGUAAUUGCCUACAUUCUUCUUUGUGGAAGUAGACCAUUUUGGGCACGAACCGAGUCUGGAAUUUUCCGAGCGGUUCUUAAAACUGUUCCAAGUUUUGUCGAACCCUCAUGGUCUGACCUAUCCCCUUUGGCUAAACAUUUUGUGUUGUGUCUCUUGAAUAAAGACCCUCGUAAACGUAUGACCGCUGCACAGGCUCUAACUCAUCCAUGGAUUCGGGAUCACAGUGGUGUAGAUGUUCCAAUUGACAUUCGAGUUUUAAGAUCAUUGAAAGCCUACACGCUUUCAUCCCCUUUGCGUCAGGCUGCUUUACAGGCAUUGUCUAAAGCGUUAACUACCGACGAUCUGUUCUAUCUGAAGAAGCAGUUCACACACUUAGCUCAAGAACAAUCCGAAAAUGUAACCUUCACAAGCAUUAUAACGGCAUUGAAGAAACAUGAAACAAAUGCAAUGAAGGAGUCUCGUGUUACAGGCUACAUUAACUCUCUGACUGCACUACAAUUGGACUUUGAGGAAUUCUGUGCGGCUGCAGUUAAUGUGCAUCAGCUUGAAUCAUUUGAAAGCUGGGAACAGCUUGCUCGUUCUGCCUAUGAUAUUUUCGAUAAAGAUGCUAAUAGGGCCAUCGUUAUAGAAGAACUUGAAAAGGAAUUGGGACUUGGCCCUUCGGUACCAUUGGAUGUGGUUUUGAGCGAUUGGAUACGACAUCCCGAUGGAAAGCUAAACUUUCUUGGAUUUAAGAAGUUGUUACAUGGAAUAUCAACUAGAAACCAACGGAGGACGCCACGAUGAUAUGAUACGUACACAUGCAUAGUACAUAAUACUUAUGUUGACUGUUGGCUUGAGGUUUUCUAUCAAUGAGAGAUCCGGUAUUUCAGUUUCGGGUUUAUUUUUAAUUUUUUCAGCCUCUAAACAAACUAUUUUCAUCGAAAUACAAACAUGUACAGAAGAUUAUCAUCCAAUUAAGCUAGCUUAUAGUGUACAUCAAUUAAUGCUUAUAAGAACGUGAGUUUUGUAUAUGAAAACAGUAAAAAGAUGAAGAAUGGUAGCAAUGAUGAGUUGUAUA